GAGGCCCUGGAGGUUUCCAUGGAGACUGCAAACAAGGCGCACACUUAAGGGGCUGCCGCUGGACUACUACCCCUGUCACCGCCAUGAUCCCCCCUGCGGACUCUCUGCUCAAGUAUGACACCCCAGUGUUGGUGAGCCGAAACACGGAGAAGCGGAGCCCCAAAUGUGCCUUGGAAGACGAGCUGAUCCGGGAGGUCACCAUCAACUGUGCGGAGAGGGGACUACUGUUGCUGCGAGUCCGGGACGAGAUCCGCAUGACCAUCGCCGCCUACCAGACCUUGUACGAGAGCAGUGUGGCCUUUGGCAUGAGGAAGGCGCUGCAGGCCGAACAGGGGAAGUCAGACAUGGAGAGGAAAAUUACAGAAUUGGAAACGGAAAAGAGAGAUCUGGAGAGGCAAGUGAACGAGCAGAAAGCCAAAUGCGAGGCCACCGAGAAGCGGGAGAGCGAGAGGAGACAGGUGGAGGAGAAGAAGCACAACGAGGAGAUUCAGUUCCUCAAGCGGACGAAUCAGCAGCUGAAGGCCCAACUGGAAGGCAUUAUUGCACCAAAGAAGUGAUAAUUUCCAUAUGGGUCUCAGCAAGCACUGCUACCCCAUUAUAAGCCCGUUGUAAUAAAAAAGAAAGCUAGUCUCCUGA